UGUAUAGUAUACAUGCAGUAUUGUAUGUGCUGCCCCACUGUUACCUACAGUACCCUGCAUAUGUUACCUGUAGAAUUGGCGUUCCCAUUGUUGGUACAGGAAACGACUUUGCCUGUGCAAGUAAAUUGUACUAUUAUUUAAAAUGGCUUCCUCAUCAAUAUUUGGUGAGUGUGCCUUACCAACCACCGUCCCACCAUAUGCGCCAUUUGAUACAAGUCAGACGUGUGCGGCAGGUGCCGGGCUAUGUAACUACAACCCAUUAUUUCUACUCUUUACUGCCUCGGCUUUCCGCUGUCUAUGUCCCUCUGGUACUGUACCAGAAUAUACCACUGCUGAUGACGUGGUGUGUAGACCGGUUAUAGGAACCCAGUGUCGAUCAGAUGGUGACUGCAACUCCAGAGCAACGGAUUGCUUGGGCAUCAGUACGGGUUUUCCAAUAUAUUUUGAAGGCACCGGUUCCCAAUCACCAUUCUCUGCGGAUUUGGCAACAUUCUUGUCUCCGAUUGUCUCAUUUUUCUGUAGCUUCAGCGACAGGCUGGCAGUGGACACAUCCAGGGGGUACACAUGUGAGGGUGGGAGUGCUACCAGCUUCCCGGGCAGGCAAGUAUCAAUUUCGCAGGUGCAGUCCUACCCCAGCUACUUCAGCGAGACCUGUGGAGGAGUCUCUUAUUUUUAA